GUGGAAGAAGAAGGAGGAGGAGCAGAGCAAAGAAGAGAGGGGGGUUUGGUCCGUUUGGAAGGAGAGGUCGUGGAUCAGUUAUGCCGAGAGAGUCCACCUUUCCAGUCGCCUUUUUUCCGCCAAAGUCGAAUAACACACGGCCAACACAACCAGGAAAUUCGAGUGAAAAAUGACGUUCAACGGGAAUUGGAGUCAAACAAGGAAAUUCUUCCCGCAAAUCCCCCAAGUUCACCAGUACCACUACCAGGAGCAGGGAACGCUUCACAUCCCACGGCCUGUUCUCACCGUCAUUCAGGUGCCAGAGGAAGAGAGUAGCGUGCACAACAGCAUGAGCCUGCCACCCACACCGCCUUCGUCAACGUCCAGCAGCAACGAGCUGACCAUGUCCGUCACGGGGAGUUUCGGUUACGACCGAUGCGACACCCCGACGAGAUUCACCUUACUGGGAGAGUCGGGCGUUAUUGUCCGCACUCACAGAACGACACCCACCACUUGCCAAUUGUCCAUGACAUUUUGCACUUUGGCACUCUUGGCCUUGGUAGGAAUGAUUGUCUACAUGGAAGUUUACAUGAACGGCAGCCAAGUUUAAGACUUACCUCAAUGUCUGAGAGGGUUUGAGUCCAUCGGUAGUUUGGCAGAUCACAUCCAUUGCCGGCAUUGGGUUUGAGCUUGCCAGCAUCCUGUGGAUCCUCCUCUUCGUCCU